CAAAUUACAUUAAUGAAUUUUUAUUUCUUAUUCCUAAAUGAGUGCAUUUUUCUGUCAGUUCUAUUGGGAAUUCUUUAUUAUUUUUUUUUUUCACUGUCAUCCAUUAGUAAAUAGGAAAGAUGGCAGCAGAUUAUUGCGCUUUUUUCUCAUAUAUUCGGAAGGCAGACAUUUUUAUAAAAACCAAGUGUUUACUAUAAUAAUUCAUACCGAUAGUCUUGAAACAUAGUACACAUCAUGGUUUUCUGAAUGAAAUUUUGCGCGGUUUUUAUUUUUUAAGUGAAAUAUAGUGAAUAUUUAAAUAAACAUUCAGUGAAAUUAAAUUUUUCAAUGUUGAUUAAUUUCGUAACAUAAAACGUGGUGUCUUAUAAAUGCGAAAAAGUAUUUAUUAAAGUGUAAACAAACAUAUGUGAGAUAUGAAUGCAAUUGAUGAAAUGGAACAAAGGGAUCUCCCACAGGCUAUUCGCUUGUUGGGGGAAAUGAAUGCUAAUGUUCUGCAAGUAAACCAACUUGUAGAUAAUAUGUUGGUGCGUGUAAAAAAUGGAGAAAUCUCAACGGACAAGGGUUUUAGUUUCUUAGAGAUGAAGUAUCACAUGUUACUUUCCUAUCUUAUUAAUUUAACUUACGUAGUCUUAAGAAAAUGUUCAGGUGAACGUAUCGAAGGUGACCCCUCUAUUGAUCGCCUUAUUGAAAUCAGGACAGUCCUAGAAAAAAUCCGACCAAUAGAUAACAAGCUUAAAUAUCAAAUAGAUAAACUUGUUAAGACUGCAGUAACUGGUACCACUAAUAGUAAUGAUCCCACUAAUUUUAAAGCAGAUCCUGAUGCAAUAAUUGCUAAGAUUGAUAGUUUUGAUGAAGAGUCGGAUAGUGAUCAAGAAGGUGAUGAAGAUGGUUUUAAAUCAUCUCAAACCAGAAAAUCAAAUAUUUAUGUGCCACCAAAACUUGCUGCCGUUCACUAUGAUGGAGAUGAAACAGCAGCAGAAAAGAUGCGUAAGGCUGGUGAAAGAGCCCGCAGACGUGCAGUCUCUGGUGCAGUAUUAAGGGAAUUAAAAGAAGAAUACCUAGAUGCACCGAUAGAAGAUGCACAAGGGUUAAUUGAAAAACAAGCCAGUCUGGGGCGUGAAAAUAAGCGAAAAAUUGAAUAUGAAGAAAAUUACAUGACACGUUUACCUGUUACCAAACAAGAAAAACAUAGACGCCGUCAGAUGACAACUCUUGGUACUCUUGGUGAUGAAAUUACUAGUUUCGGAGAGACUUCAUCUGUACCAUCUAAAACAAGAAAAACUCAGAAAAAAGGAAAAGCUAAAAAAAGUUUUAAAAAGAAACGGCACCACUAAAUCAGCUUUAUAGUAACUUAUAGAGCAGAAUUUCAUACAACAUUAAUUAUUAAGGUAACGUGCAACAAAAUUUACUUAACUUCUUCUUGACAACAGCAGAUGCCACUAAUACUCGUUUAUUAAAUAAUGCUAUAACUCAUAACAUCUAGUAAUGAAAGACUACCAUCGAUGGUGAAGUGAAAUAGCACGAUGGUAAUUUAUUACUGUAUAAGACAUACUAAUGGUCGUGUAAUUAAUACUUAUAGUUAAUACUGAUUUUAACCUUUAACUGUUGUCUCUGAAAUCAAUUUUUAUCUAUGGAGUUGAAAUAUUCCAUCAAAAAGAAGAAAUAGUAUAUUGGUAUGAAAGGAACAAUUCUCCAAUAAUAUAUGUGGGGUAUAUACGAGCUUAAUUUAAUAAAACAAAGAUUCUCAUCAUGUAUAUGGUUAAGAAACUAAUGGAUUUCGGCUCCAAGAUUUAAAAUUGUAAGUUAAGCAUAAAAGUUGAAAGUAGGCAAUGGGUCUGCUUUAUUUUGAGAUAUUCUCCAGCUAUAAAUAAUGGAAUCAAUAACAUAGCAGGAAGAAUGAUAUUGAAUUAAUUGUUAAAUAAGCGUAAAAAUCACAAGACAUUCCGUGCAAAGUUACGAAAUUCGUGUUUAACAUGGAAAAAAAAAAAAAAAAAAAA